GUAUAUGUCGACCAACGGUUACUUGGAUCGUAAUUAGCAACGUCCUACACAACAUAGAAAAACUGUUUUACUUAUCAACAUUUAGGUAUUUUAAAAAGGUUAUUUGCUCGUCUACAGCUCAAGAUACAUCUUUUCAACCCUAAACCUCACGUAAAAAAGCAAACACAUGGGCUAAUCUGAUUUUUUUCACAGAAAAAAAAAGCAGUCGUCGUCUUGGUUAGUGGUAAACGAGUGUAAAGCUCGGUCGGUGUCCCUUCAACAGAAACAUGGUAAGUUUACUUAUUUACAUCCCCCAUAAGACUGUGUUAACACCGAAACAGUCUAAAGAUGACCUACAUUAUCGCACUAGUCGCAGAUAUUCGCUGUAACGUUAACAAAGCGAUGUGAUAACCUGUUGGUGUUGAUUGAAUUGUUGUGUUUGUUGAUGCUCGUUAGAACCUCUCUCGCUCAAAGCCAGCCCUGGGCAGCGUCAGUGAGAAAAAGAAGAAGAAUCAGACCAAGAUCUCCCGCCUGGAAGAGUAUCUGCAACAGAGAGACUACCUCGGGGCCUUGACACUACUGGAGGUAAUUGUACAACUUUGUCAUUAAUAAACUUAACAUUUAGAUUUGGUUGAAAGGGUCCAUGCUCACUUGAGGUCACUGCUCAUCAUAGUCUUCAUCAGUGGCUCUGAGUGUGGAUGACACAAGUGACCAAAACCUGAACAACUUUUUUUUUUAAAGUUCAACUAUAAAACUACCCUAGGAAAUAUCUCAUAUAUCUUUUUAAAUGCAAGUAAUAUUAAUGAAACAAGCCUGCUGUCAUCAUGGCUAUAAUAAUACUUUUGUAAUUUGUAUCUAGGGCUGGGCGAUAAAACGAUAAUGAUAUAUAUUGAAAAUUAAUUUCCCUUAAUAUUAAGGUCCUUACACACCGGGGCUGAUGGGAAUAUAGAACGCGAAAUUCCGAAAUAUUCGGAGGCGAAUUUUGACGGGCCUGACUAUACACAUCAAGCCUGAUGCGUCAGAAGACUGACACAACACCAGACUGACUGUUUUCAGUUCUGAUUAGACACUAGUGUUGAGAUGGCUGUGUGUAGCAUGUAGCAUUGAUUUUAUUGAUGUGGAACUGUGUGGGUAUUUGACUGAUAAAUAACGGCUGCGUUCAGACAGACUAAGCAACUAUUUCACUUGACUGCCUCCUGCAGAUUAUCUCGUGUCAUGCACUAGAAUUAAAAUUUCAAAGAUAGAAUCACACCAACAUCUGUGCAGCAGGCAACACUGUGUUAUUGAACACUGCUGAUCUGUUUCUGUGUCAUCUCUAGUUCCAGAGGAGUAUUGGGGAAGUAGAGGAGCAUGCUGACCUCUGGAUUGGCUACUGCGCCUUCCACCUGGGCGACUACAAGAAAGCCAUGGAGGUAUCUUUGUGUUGUUGUAUGAGUGAAUGAGUGUUUGCAGUUGUAGAAUGUAUGUCAAGUCCCCUUAAAGAGUGAAAAAAUAUCUACCUCCAAACACCUGUAGGGUAAAAAAAUUGAGAUGUGUCUGACAGGUUAUCAUAUUUGAUGGCUUUUUUUGUACUACUUCAUCAUGUCCUCACAGGUGUACAAGUCCCUGACCAUGAACCCGGAUUGUCCAGCUGAGGUGUGGGUCUAUCUGGCCUGUGUUUUAUUUUUUCUUGGGCUCUAUAAAGAGGCUGAGGAGGCUGCAUCUAAGGGUAAGUUUUCUAGCUGGGUGUGUUUUUAAUUUCCAGCUGAAUGUUGUUUCCAUGUGUUGAGCAAUCAUAAAGACAACCCUGCUUUAUUAACGUUUGGUAAUUUGUUUAGAAAAGCCACACAGUUAUUUUUCUUUUAACAGAGACAAAUGUGGUUUCUAAUAGGGUAAUACUUUUCAGUGCGAUACUUGAGAUGUUUCAAUCAUACAAUUUUUGACUUUUGUUUUGAAUAAUUUGGCAACGACUGAAAAUAAGUUCAUGAAACACUCACUGUGUACUUUGAAUAUGAGUUUAUUGGUGAGGUUUUGUGUACAUUUUUAGGGCCCAACUGAUUUAUCCGUGAGCAGAUUAAAUCGGCCAAUUUUAGCCCGUUUGAGACUAAUCAGUAAUCAGCCAAAACUCGCCGAUUUUCGCCUAUAUUUUCAGAAAUAAAAUGCGGAGAAUAAGAUUCGGUUUCACUUUAGUUGAAAACGCUUUUCAGGUCAGAGUUUGCUCAGUCGGUCUUCCUGUCGGCGUGAAGAGCAGUACCCUACAGUAUAUCUACAGUAUAUAGUAUACUGUAUACAGUAUAUAUAUAUAUUUUAUAACUUCAUAAAAAAUUUUAAAAAUCGGCCGAUUAAUCGGUAAUCAGAUUUCCCCACCCCUAAUAAUCGAUAUCGGCAUCGGCUCCAAAAUAUCCAUAUCGGACAUACAAAACUUUCCCAUCGGUCAUGUAAAAUUACAGUUGUGGCAUGAAAGAACUGUGCCUCUUAUCCUCCUCAUGUGGUUGUGACUUGCGAUCUGGUCUCUCCUGCUCUCUGCAGCGCCGAUGUCCCCUCUUCAGAACAGACUUCUUUUCCAUUUGGCUCACAAGGUUAGAAAGCGUUUAAUUAUUCCUCUUGUGUGGAUUUUUUUCGUUACCCUUUUCUGCUGAUUAACCUGCAUAGCAGAUAAAAGUUCAUGUGAAUGUGUUUUCGCUGUGUUUCAAAAGGACCUGAUCAUACCUGUUUUUAUUUAUCGUGUAAAGUUCAAUGAUGAGAAGAAGCUGAUGAAUUUCCACCAAAAUCUGGAGGAUGUAUUCGAGGACCAGCUGAGCUUGGCAUCCAUUCACUACAUGCGCUCACACUACCAGGAGGCUAUAGAUAUCUAUAAACGCCUUCUACUGCAUGAGAGGUCUGUGCUUCCCCCUGCCUUUUAUACUAUUUAAUGGAAUCUCAGGUUCCUGCUGUACUUGAAUACGUGCAACACCCUGCAACCACCUCGACAGAUAAGCGUUGUUAAUGGCAGAGUGUUGAAUUUAAUUUUCCUCACACCUCAAAGAUAAUUUAAGUUUCAGUGCUGCAGAUGUGCUGAGGUAGCUUCCUGUGAUUCUGGAGUUACUGGGGUGAGAAGAUGUAAGUCUUGAUUUAACUGUGCUAUCUCAUUCAGAGAUCUAUUCAAGGCUUUUUGAUACUGUGGGUUAGAGUACAUCUGAGGUGGCUUACCAGUUGACAGGAGCCUCUUCUGCAGGUCUAAGCAUUUUUUUUGUUAAAAAGUAGUUGAGCUUUUUGCUACUACUUCUCAUGAAAGCAAAAAGAAAAAGAUUCUUUGGAUAUCAAACUAUGGUCAUGCAGAAAUGUGCAAAUUUUACUGAGACAAGAUUGCGACCCAAUCUGCAAAAAGAAAUGUAUCCUGUAAUGUUCUGUAUCUAAUGCACAUCUGCACCUUUUCCCAAAGCUGUGAUGUUCUUAAACUGCAAAUAUCGAUUCCAGUUUGAAACACUUGUUUCUGGCAUUCAGGUGUGAUUUUGUUUGUAUCUGUCUAAUAAAUAGAACUGAUAUAGAUUCCCCCAAACACAUAGGAUAACAUUAUUAUUGUUUGUCAUGUAACUGUGUCAAGCAGCAGAAGAUAGUAGAUACUACCAGAGUUAGGUCUGAGAGCUGAUGUCCUGUUCUCUCUGCAUCCCGUCUCUCAGAGAUUUCCUGGCCCUGAAGGUUUAUGUGGCUCUUUGUUACUAUAAGCUGGACUACUAUGAUGUGUCCCAAGAGGUGUUGGCCGUGUACCUGCAGAGAGUUCCUGACUCCACAAUUGCCCUCAACCUGAAGGCCUGCAACCACUUCAGACUCUACAACGGCAAAGCAGCUGAGGUACUCAGGUUUGACUGUCUUUGACAUGUCUGUAUAGGGCUGGGUGAUAUGGCCUCAAAUCAAUAUCAUAAUAUAUUGAGCAGUUCACCACGAUAACAACAAAUGGAUGAUAACUACUCCACAAGCUGAUCACUCCCUCCCACAUUAACUUUGCCUACUUCAGCCGCUACAACUUUUGAACCGUCCUCCAUCUCUUCACCUGUGUUCCCCUUUUCGUUACGGACUGGAUGGGGUGAAGUCACGUCUCAGACGAAGGACAGCGUCGUAAAGGGACAUGAGACCAUAGCCUACCUACACACAUCCAAAACCAACUUUUAUUUAUUUAUUUUUUAUGACACCGAAUAUAUUGACUUGAGUAGGGAUACGGCUCAACUUACCCCGCUCCUAUGGUAAACUUACCCCAUACACGGGGUAAGUUGACCAUAGGAGACCACUGUUUUAAUGGCAUGCUAUAUUAUCAAGACAGUUGUGUUUACACCCAUUCUGUUGGUUUGCAGGGAUGAACAACAUCUUGAAAUAUAUGCAGAUACACUAGUUAGAGACAAAACUAUGGUUGCCUCGAUGUAGUGAUCCGAAAUAUGAAAAAUGACUCAUCUUACCCGACUCUCCCCUAUAUACAUUUUGACCUUUCACACAUCAAGUUGAGUCAUUACCUGUUUGUUUUUCACUUUUUGUUUGUGGGAAAAAGUGUUGGUAGAUUUUAACUUGUGUGAAAUCUCUUUUAAGGCGGAGCUGAAGAACCUCAUUGACAUCUCCUCCUGUUCCUUUGAGUUUGCUAAGGAGCUUAUCCGACACAACCUGGUAAGCUCCACACAAGCCCUGAUAUGAGUGUGUGCAGGUUUGUGCCUGUGAAUGUGCGCAGUCACCAGUGACUUACACACUGUUAUUCUGCACACUCAUUCUCACCUCUGUGCUGUUCUGUAGGUGGUGUUUCGUGGAGGAGAGGGGGCAUUGCAAGUCCUGCCUCCCUUGAUCGAUGUGAUACCUGAGGCCAGACUCAACCUGGUCAUCUACUAUCUCAGACAAGGUGGUUUGGCUGCUGAGACGAAAGAAAUGUGUCCACAAAAAUACAGACAGUGGAUGAAAUCACAGCCAUGACCUUUCCCAUUAUCUGUUCUCGUUUUACUGUCACAUUUAUCAUCGAAUAGUUAAUGUGAAUGCAGCAUCUUUCUCUGUGCUUUAGGAUUGAGCGUCAGAUUUUGAGAAAAGUCACAUUAUCUAAUGCUCCAUUAUUUAUUUCAGAUGACGUUCAGGAAGCCUACAACCUCAUUCAAGACCUGGUGCCGACUACACCUCAGGUAGAAUAAGAUACACUUGUGUUUCUUUGUGUGUUUGUAAUAAAUGAAUCAGGGUUGUCUUCCUCAGUAACCUCAGAGAGACUGAGAAGAGAGCAGAUAAAGUUUUUUACUUUUUUCACUUGUCUCUUUUUUCAGGAGUACAUUUUAAAAGGAGUAGUAAACGCAGCAUUGGGACAAGACAUUGGAUCAGUAAGUAUUCCUUUAAAACAAUUGUUAGCACAAAGAAAAGCAAUAACACAAGUUUGAGACAAAUGUUUGAUAUUGUUCAUCUUUCAGAGGGAUCACCUGAAAGUUGCUCAGCAGUUCUUUCAGUUAGUCGGAGGCUCGGCCAGCGAGUGUGGUAUGCUGAAUGGAAAUAUGAUUGAUGUGAUCCUUUAAAGUGACUCUGUGUGUGUGUGUGUCUGAAAGUGUGUGUAUUAACAACCUCUUCAUUUCCAGAUACUAUUCCUGGCAGACAGUGCAUGGCCGCCUGUUUCUUCCUCCUGAGAAAAUUUGAUGAUGUUCUCAUAUAUCUGAACUCAGUCAAGGUUAGUGCUGCUCAGCACACAUUAAAGGAUAUAGUCCUGUGGAUAUAAACAAUUAGAUUACUCCAGUUUAUGUAAAGAUAGGUUUGAAUAAAGACGGUCUCUGACUGAGUCAGUUGUGUUCUUUUAAGUGAUGCCAAAUGUGCACAAUUUCUCUGAUGAUUUAUGUGACCACAAAGCGGAGACUUUUUUAUGCAAAUGUUGGACUCUAAAUGGUUUUAUUUCUAAAGGAUUGGGCAUUUGUCUUUGCAGAGUUACUUUGCCAAUGAUGAUACAUUCAACUUCAACUAUGCUCAAGCCAAAGCUGCCCUCGGUAACUACAAACAAGCAGAAGAGGUAACUUGCCUCAGUGUACAUCAACACAAACGCCUUUACUCAACUCAACUCAACUCAACUUUAUUUGUUAAGCACUUUAAAACAACCACAGCUGUACAAAGUGCUGUACAUAACUAGCCAAAACAACAAGAUAAAAAACAAUCAAAAAACAAUUAAAACAAUGGAUAAAAUAAAAGCAGAAUUAAAAGUUUUGUUUCAAUGCUUUUAAAAACUAAUUUAAAAACAUAGAAACAAAUAACUAAAAAACAAACCAUAAAACACUAAAACAGGAGCCAAGUCUCAUGGAGGGUUAAAAGCCAAUGAAUAAAAAUGGGUUUUAAGACGACUUUUAAAAAUGGACAGUGUGGGGGCUUCUUUAACUGACAAUGAUUGUGUUUAACAUGUUACUGACUCUCUUUUUUCUAAUUUCUCCUUUUUUCAGAUUUUUCUGCUGAUUCAGAAUGAGAAAAUCAAGAAUGACUAUGUUUACCUCAGCUGGCUGGCACGGUGUUGUAUGUAUUAAGUAUAUUUAGCACAGUAGUAUAUGUCCUUAAAUGAACACAAAUGACUGUAGGAGGAUUUCUCGCCUUCUGGCUUUGCUCUUGUUCUUCACUAGUGUUAAGCUCAACAGCUCCAAGAGACGGAUGACUCCAUUAAAUGAUUUCUCUUCCUUUCAUGGCUUAACCCACAUCAAUAAAUCUUGCCCAGAGGCAGUUCAUAUUUUGCAAAUCUGAAUCUUUAAAGGUGUCUGAAGCUGCCUGCAAAUGAUGGACUAUUGAGCACUUGUCUUGUUCUUGUCAGACAUAAUGAACCAGAAGGGUCAGCUUGCCUGGGAGCUCUAUCUGAAGAUGGGCACCUCCUCUGAUUCCUUCAGUUUGCUGCAGCUCAUUGCCAAUGACUGCUACAAGGUGAUAUCUUCCUCUGUGGUGGACAUUUAUUUAUAUUUGAUGAUUUAUUUAUAUUGUUUAUUAUGAACAAUAAUGGAGCAAACUCUUUAAUUGGAGCUCAAAGACAAGGUGGUUCAGUCUUUUCCUGGUGGGUCAUUACAUACUAGUCCUCAUGAUCACAGGCUUUUGUUUCAGAUGGGACAAUUUUACUACGCGGCCAAAGCGUUUGAUGCUCUGGAGAAACUGGACCCGGGUUCCAACUACUGGGAGGGCAAGAAAGGAGCAUGUGUCGGCGUCUUCCAGCUCAUCCUGGCCAACAAGGAGCCCAAGUUUGUUUGUUUCCAUUUUUUAUGCAGUAAUGUGAUCCUUGGUUUUAUCACAAGAGAUCACACAACAUUUGUUAGCUGACUGUUGUUGAUAUUGAACAUAACUAAGAAACCCAUCAUAAAGCAGUAAGAUUUAAUAUAUUAAACAAUUGUGGUCUGUUUGAAUGAUUUUGAUUUUAAAGGAAAGCAUGAGGGAUACAUGUAUGAUGACUUGUACUUGAUCUAAUCUUAUUUCCUCACAUGUCCUGUUUGUGUUCCAGGGAGACACUCAAAGAGGUGGUACCUAUGCUGCGACAUUCAGGAAACUCUCAGGUUGAAUACAUUAUCCGAAUUCUGAGGAAGUGGGCCAAAGACAACAGAGUCCACAUUAUCUGACAGCCUGCAGCACUGAACUCAGGCUAACUGUAGAUCAACUCUAUGAGCAGCUCCAUUAUGCAAACAUCUGUAAUCAUUAAUGUUCAUUUCUCUCAAAUGAACUGUAUAUGUAUAAAAUAUCUAUGCCAUGUGAAGGAAAUAACGUGGAGCUUUCAGAUCUGCUACUAUUUUUUGUAUUUAAACUUUUUUUUUUCGGAUUGCAGUUUCCUGUGUACUUGAACAUUUGUAUUAAACCGUGAAUAAAUUCUUUAAAAAACA